UCAAGUUCAUUCAUCACAGCAAUUCAGAGCAUGUCUCACGCUGAAGUCGGCGACAUUUUGAUAUCUCUCUGCUACACAGCAAAAGACCAGACUCUGAACGUAUCGAUUAUGAAAACAAGCAAUUUAUCAGCUAGUCUAACGGCAUCGUCAGAAAAAGUUUACGUCAAAGCAUCUUUUACUCACGAUAACAAGCGAAUUGCAAAGCGCAAGACAAAUCUACACGAAGUGAGGUCCAAAUACACUAUAUUCAACGAAGCCCUAUUGUUUCGUGUCCCUCGAGAUGUACUCGAACAAUCGACUCUUAGUAUCUCACUCAAUCGAUACAACGUCGUCGGAAAGAGCUCGACAAUCGGCGUAGUCUCGUUUGGCCCACUGUCUUUUGGACCAGAGGCUGCGCACUGGUAUGACAUGCUCGCCAAGCCAGAGAAUUUUAGUGCGAUGUGGCAUAUAUUAAGGGGAUUUAAGUUCGGUGAACGUGGAUUUCAAUCACCAAAUUGAUCAAGGAAGGACAUCAUGGUAUUMUUUUAAUUCAAAGAGACAAACUGUAGCUCCCAUAAAUAAACGAAUGGCUGUUUACGUAGUUGAAAAUAUGAUAAMAAUUCAUAUGAAAUAGUUAUAAAGUAUAUUUUCACGAAAUAUUGAAACACAUAGUGUACCUAUAUUAAUAAAAAGAUAUUCAAACUUUAAA